AGCAAUGCUUCGAAUGGUGCUCAUUCUCGGUGUUUUGAUUCCGUUCACCAAAACGAACAAAGUCGAUGAUUCACCACCUGAUAUUAUAGAGCUGAUCCCCAAAGAGUUAAGGGAUUUCGUGAAUAGUCUCACUGAUGCCGAUAAAGUCGUUCUAGCCGAAAUUAGACGAAAUGCUACUUUCCUGAAUGAAGAACAGGGAAUGGCUGCUUUGGAGAUAAGAUCACCGAGCCUUGCAGCCAAAAUAAGAGAAUUUCAAACACUGGUAGGAGGAAAAAUUGACGCGCUAAUACCUGAAGCUCAGGCGUUCGCUAAAGAUAUAUUCCUCAACGCUCCUGGGCGACAACAAGAAGGUCUUCGACCAAGCCGCAUACAUAUGACAAAAAAGAUGCUUGAUAUCAUGGACCGGUAUGGAAGAUUGUCAGAUGCAGCAAAACUCAAUUUCCAAACGCAGUUUCCAUUUCUGGCUCAGAUAUAUGCAAAUGAAAAGCUGAGGAAAGUUUUGGAGGACAUAAACUAGCGGUGCAGUUAUCCUUAUGAUAUAUAUUGAGAAAGUUCGGCUUUACAGCCUUUUUCUCAAAGCCUUCU